UAGCCUCUCGAUGCUGGGGUUACAGGCCUGCACCACCAUGCCUGGCUGGAAUAGAUGUACAGAGAGAUACAUAUGCAAAGAAGAUAUACAAAUGCCCAAGAAAAGAUACUCAGCAUCAUUAGCCACCAAGAAAAUGCAAAUCAAAGCAAUGAGAUACUUUGUCACACCUGCUUAGAUGGCCGUGAUAAAAGACAGGUGAUUUCAUGCUUCCAAAAUGGGGCACAAAGUCGUGGUGUUUGACAUCUCUGUCGUCAGAGCCUUGUGGGAAACUCGAGUCAAGAAGCACAAAGCCCGGCAGAGGAAGGAGGCAGAGCGCCUGGAGAGGAGCGCACUGGAAAAGAUAAAGGAGGAGUGGGACUUCGUGGCCGAGUGCCGGAGGAAGGGCAUUCCUCAGGCCCAGUACUGCAAGAAUGGCUUCGUGGACACCAGCACCAGGCUUCUGGACAAGAUGGAGCGGGACUCCCUGGCCAGGGAGCGCUCACAGGCCAAGGGUGAGGCCCGACGCAGCAGCUCGUUUGUGUUUGAGCUCUGUGGGGAACACUGGAAGGAGCUCCCUGAUUCACUGAAGGAGCAGACACACCUGAAAGAAUGGCACAUAAGCAGCACACUGAUUCAAGUCAUUCCUACAUACAUUGAGCUGUUUCAAGCAAUGAGAAUUCUGGAUCUGCCGAAAAACCAAAUCUCGCAUCUUCCAGCUGAAAUUGGUCGUCUAAAGAACCUGAGAGAGCUCAAUGUGAGUUUCAACAGGCUGACGAACAUUCCGGCAGCACUCGGCGACUGCGCGAGUCUAGAGAGAUUGGACUUCUCUGGGAACCUCGAGUUGACGGAGCUCCCCUUCGAAUUAAGUAAUUUGAAGCAAGUCACAUUCGUAGAUAUCUCAGCGAACAAGUUCUCCAGCGUCCCGAUCUGCGUCCUGCGCAUGUGCAGUCUGCAGUGGCUGGACAUCAGCAGCAACAGCCUGAGCGACCUGCCGCAAGACAUAGACAGGCUGGAAGAGCUCCAGAGUUUCCUCUUGUAUAAAAACAAGCUGACCUACCUUCCCUAUGCCCUGCUCAACCUCAAGAAGCUCAGCUUGCUGGUGGUCAGUGGGGACCAUUUGGUGGAGUUUCCGAGCGCCCUCUGUGAUGGGUCCUCGCCUUUAAAGUUUGUCAGCCUCAUGGACAACCCUAUUACUAAGCCUGAACAUGAAGAUGCUGAUGAAAUCCAGGAAAGUGAGCAGGACCGCCAGCAUUUUGAUAAAGAGUUUAUGAAGGUCUACAUUGAAGACCUUAAAGAGAGAGAGUCUGUUCCCAGCUAUACCACCAAGGUAUCUUUUAGCCUUCAGCUCUGACAUCAUCCACCAGAGAAGACUACAGAAUCUCACUGUCCAGUGGAGCUCUUAAGUCCUUGUAUGCAGGUUGUGUCGUUCAGGAGUCGUGACAUGCUUCAUGCCAAAGCCUAGGAGCCCCUGUUGUUUGGUUGUUAAAAAAAUAACUUUCAAGCUGAGUGCGGUGGCACACUCCUGUGAUCUCAGCACUCAGGAGGUGGAGGCAGGACG